CUUUACAAGAAAUCUUAAUUUCAGAUCCCGAUGUUCAUAUGGCCCUUGGCAUAGACGUCACCAAUAAAACAUCAAUAGAAUCUGUUAUCAAAUCGGCCUUUGAUAAGUUCCAAACUCCCCCUUGCCUCAUAGCCAAUGCUGCCGGUAUCACACGAGAUAACUUUCUGCUUCAGAUGGAUGAGCAAGCAUUCAUGGAUGUUUUAGAUGUGAAUGUCAAGGGUACUUUUCUGGUUACUCAGGUAGCUACAACAGCUCUUCUAGAACAUGAUCUGACUUCAGGUUCUAUUGUAAACUUUUCCAGCAUUGUAGGGAAGACUGGGAACAUCGGCCAAUGUAAUUACAGUGCCAGCAAAGCAGCAGUACAAGCCUUGACUAAGUCAUCUGCAUUGGAAUUAGCAAGAGUGGGUGUUCGUGUGAACUGUGUGCUUCCUGGAUUCACCAACACUUCAAUGGUAGAAACUGUGCCAGAAAAAGUGAAGAACAAGCUAUUGAAACUUACUCCACUCAAUAGACUAGCACAACCUGAAGAGAUUGCUGAGGUUGUAGCAUUUUUACUCUCCGAGAAAAGUAGCUUCAUGACGGGUGCCUGCGUCGAGGUGACAGGGGGACUUGCAAUGUGAGUGAUACAGAGGCAAAAGGAUAAUUUUUUUUUAAUGGGGAUUUUAUGUGUAUAUAUAAUACUCCUCAUGUCAUUCAUAUUAUAUCAUUAAAGAAAAUGUAAACAAA